GACUACCAGUAUUUAAAUACAGACUCUAAUCACUUCCAUAACACUCUGCUGGUAGAUUCUUUGCAGUACUGUGAUACUUUACAAAUGAAAUUAUGGAACACUGUUGGAUAAAAUCUUCAUCGGCAGAUGAUUUGCCCGAUUUCGCCAUUGAGGGUGGUUAUGACUGUGAUGGAACUCCCAUUUAUGUAGGACGCGCCGAGCAUGAAGAUGAGAUGUUACCUGCCAAAGUAAUACCGAGCAAGGGUUGUGCCUAUGUAGCAUGGGGUGGACAGGAGCAUCCCAAAAACUAUUAUGAAGUUCUUGUUGGACCUGGAUAUGGUUGGUGUCCAUGUGAAAAUGGGGCUGUACCCUCCACUGCGGUAUCUAGUGGAGAAACAUCGUGUUGUGAGCCUUUGUACAUUGGCCGCGGUCAUCAUGCCAACAGCUUAAGUGUGGGUAAAAUACAUCCCUCACAUGGUUGCUUGUAUAUACCGUUUGCGGGACAGGAAACGAAAUUAUGUACUUAUGAAGUAUUAGUUUGUGAAAACAACGACAAGUGGUUGCCAUCCUCGUUAGAUCACAUUCCUCAUAAUGCCGUAGUAGCUGGCUUCGACUCUGAUGGUACAGCCAUCUUUGUGGGCAGAUCAUUGCAUGAAGGUCAAUUAUUACCAGCGAAGGUGGUGCCAGCAAGAAGUGAAGCCUAUGUUUGUUGUGAUGGUUCAGAAAUCCAAAAGAAUGAUGUAGACAUUCUGUGUGGCAACAAUUAUAAUUGGAUUAAUACUGAUUGCCAAAAUAUUCCAAACAAUGCUGUCUUUACAGGCCGAUUUGAAGACGGGGAACCUUUGUUUGUGGGUCGAGCUCACCAUUGUGGAAGUUUGACGCCGGGCCUAAUCUCGCCCACAGACCAUUGCAUAUUUAUACCCUACGGUGGUCAUGAAAUACGUAAACAUGAAUUCGAAAUCCUAGUAAGACAAUAAACAAAUCUCUAUUUAAUCACACAUCCAUAUUACUCAUAUGAGCAGAAUUUAUCAUACAAAUAAUAACUAACUAUUAUUGUAAUUCGAUAAAAUACACAAUAAAUACAACAAACAAACGUAAAAA